AUGGAGAGCGCUCAUGAUCUUAUUACGCCUUCGCUGGAGGAAAUUCUGCGUAGCUUGCAAUAUGACAAUCUUCCAAGCAACUCUAAAAAGAAGGAUCGCAAAAGGUCAAGCCAAUCUGAUGAAGCUGGAAAAAAGAAAAGAAACCGAAUCACCUUUGACUCGGCUCAAAUUGAUGAAAUGGAAAAGGUUUUCGCUGAAAACCAAUAUCCGGAUGCAACGAGUCGUGACCAACUGGCAAGCAGAAUUCAACUACACGAAGAAAGAGUUCAAAUUUGGUUCCAAAAUCGUAGAGCUAAAUACCGGAGAGAGCAAAAAAAUACUAGCAGUCCAGAAAAAGAUGAGAGCUCUGGAAAAUGCGAAAUUCAAUCAGCUAGCUUUGAUGAUAUUCUUAAAAAAGGAAAAUCUUCUCAGGUCAUGAUAAAAGAAACUGCUGCUACAGAUAUGACAACUUCUAAACCACCUGGACUUAUUGAUUCAAGUGCUUCGGAUGAUUUCUCUGCAGCUCUCAAUUUGAUUCUCAACCAGUCUGCUGUUGGAAACGAUCAUUCGUCCAUUUCAAAAACCGAGAAUGAGUACAAUGAGCAACUGAAUAUUGAAAACGCUAAUAUUUGGAUGCUAACACUUUCUCAGCUAUUAACAAUGCAACCUGAAUCUAUUUUCUCAACCUAA